AUGGCGCUGCUUCAAGAAACUAAGAGGACAUCAAUUGAUGAAGAGUUUGUUAGAUCAUGUUGGCCGGUUGAGAAGAUGGAGUUCAUGGCAGUAGAUUCAGUUGGAGCAGCUGGUGGCUUGCUUUGCAUUUGGAACCCAGAUGUUUUUCAACUUGUGGAUUGCUGCUGUAACAGGAAUUUCAUCCUUUUGACAGGUACUCUUUAUGGUAGCUUUGAUUGUGUGUUUGUUAAUGUUUAUGGUCCAAAUGAUGUUACCAGCAGAAGUAUGGUAUGGGCUAUUUUGCAUAGGCUGAAGUCAGGGGGUGAAAAACCUUGGUGUUUGGGGGGUGAUUUUAAUGAAGUUAGAAGUAUAUUUGAAAGAAAGAGUUGUUCUAGAAGGGAUAGAGGUAUGUGUGAUUUCAACGAACUAAUUGAAAACCUGGAAGUGUGUGAUAUUCCAAUGUUGGGAAGGAAAUUUACCUGGUGUAACUCUCUACAAGGAGAUAAAUGGAGUAGGCUGGACAGGUUUUUGCUUAGUCCAGAAUGGUUGCAGAAGUUCAAUUUCAAAUUAUGGGGUCUACCAAGAAGGCUAUCUGAUCAUUGCCCUAUACUGCUCUUGGAAGAUAAGAAGGAUUGGGGUCCAAAGCCUUUCAGAUUCCUGAAUGCCUGGACCCUUCAUCCUCUUUUCAAAUCCUUUGUGGAAAAAAUUUGGAAGGAAACUCCUGUAGAUAGCUGGGCUGGUUUCCAGUGCUUAAGGAAACUUAAAUCACUUAGAAUAGCACUGAAACAAUGGAACCAGGAAGUUUUUGGAAAUGUGGAUUAUAAACUCAAGCUCUUGGAGGAGGAAUUACAUGUUCUUGAUCUAACAGCUGAGGAAAGGCCACUGUCAAAGGCAGAGUUGAACAGAAGAAGAGAGGCUAAAGAGGAAGCAUGGAAGUUAAGUACUAUGGUGGAAUGGGUUUGA